GGAGACUGUAAGGCACGCUGCACACUAAAUCCGUCCUCACUGUUUCGGCCUACAUUUAUAAAUAAAAAGAGGUGAUUUUGUUUGUAGCUGGAGCAGAAGAAAGGCAGGUUUGGGACAUUUCUGUGGGGAAAUGGUCGCUUAGGUAAAGACUGUGAGGGUAUAUCUGACAAGGCAGCUUUUGCAAAAGGGAAAUUGUUUUUAAGCCCCUGGAAAAUGGGCAAACGUCAUUAUUUUGCAGGAUUUGGAGAAUAAUGUCCCAUAACUUUUUAAUGUAAAGUUUUGAGUAUGUAAAGCUGUGAAUACUUUGAAUUUGAUCAUACAUAGAUACAUCUUUUAGACUAAAAUUAGGAGGAAGUACCAUCCAGCUGACCUAGAAAAAAUAAAUCAAUGCCCUUUUGAAUAUAGGACAGUUUUUUGAUCAAGGUUGGCUUUAACAGUCAGCUGCAACUCAUUUAUCUCUGAUCGCUGCAUCUUUGGAUGUAAUCAUUAAAUUAAAUGUGUUGGAUUUCCCUCCUAAAGAGGUGGCAGAUUUGUAAGUUUGGGGGAAUUUCUUUCGUUUUUUUCCCUCUGCUGCAUGGCAGCAUCAAGAGGUCUGGUAUAAAACGAUUGUCAAUCCCACAGUAGCCACUUUACUGUCAGUUAGAGAGGUCAGACAGCAGGGAGGCUCAGAGUGCAAGGAGACGCACAGCAACACCAGACUGCAGUGUGUCGUAGUUGAGUCGGUUGGCCGGGUCGCUGCUGCUUGCUGCUGCCGUUGCUGGGAAACUUCCUGAGCUUCUAGAGCGGCUCUGAAGGAUGACCGCUGCACGGCUCGCUGCUGAAUCCCGGUGAAUGAACGGCGUCUCAUGUCCAAAGGGCGGAAGCAUGGCUCAUGGCAAAGUGACCAUCACAGUGGACGAGUACAGCUCCAACCCCACACAGGCCUUCACGCAUUACAACAUCAACCAGAGCCGCUUCCAACCUCCGCAUGUCCAUAUGGUGGACCCCAUUCCUUAUGACACUCCCAAGCCGGCGGGGCACACCAGGUUUGUGUGUGUUUCGGACACACACUCGCGUACAGAUGGCAUCCAGAUGCCCUACGGCGAUGUGCUCCUGCACAUGGGCGACUUCACUGAGCUUGGCCUGCCAUCUGAGGUUAAGAAGUUCAACGACUGGCUAGGUGGCCUCCCGUAUGAGUUUAAGGUGGUGAUCGCCGGGAACCACGAGCUGACCUUUGAUAAAGACUUUAUGGCCGAGCUGAUCAAGCAGGAUUACUACAGAUUCCCUUCAGUCUCCAAACUCAAACCAGAGGACUUUGACAAUGUCCAGUCACUCCUCACAAACUGUGUGUACCUACAGGACUCGGACGUCACCAUAAAGGGUUUCCGGAUAUAUGGGGCACCGUGGACUCCGUGGUUUAACGGCUGGGGGUUCAACCUGCCUCGGGGUCAGUCUCUGCUGGAUAAAUGGAACCUCGUCCCCGAGGGCAUCGACAUUCUGAUGACCCACGGACCUCCACUCGGUUUCAGAGACUGGGUUCCUAAGGAGCUGCAGCGGGUCGGCUGUGUGGAGCUGCUCAACACAGUCCAGAAGAGGGUGCGACCCAAACUUCAUGCCUUUGGAGGCAUACACGAAGGGUACGGGAUCAUGACGGACGGCUACACGACGUUCAUCAACGCGUCGACGUGCACAGUCAGCUUCCAGCCCACCAACCCCCCCAUCGUGUUCGACCUGCCCAAUCCCUCCAGCUCCUGAGACCAGAGGAACUGGGGUUGGGGGAGGGGGGGACUGCGGGCUGGGUUAACUACUUCUUUUCUAUAAAUAUGUCAAAUUUAAAAGUAAAAAAAAAAAGAAGAAAAAAAUCUAAGUGUUUCUUUGCAAAUUUUUUGCUCUUCUCCAGGCUGUUUGUUGAGACGGAGAAGAUUUGAAGAUGUAUGGGGUGGGGGGUGGGAGGGAGGUUCGUCAUGGAGAAUUAAAGGAGAAUACCGGUGUGUUUUUUUUAUUAUUAUUAUUAUUAUUAUUUUCAACAUUCCCGCUCAGAUUCCCUCUGUCAGCUUAGCUGCAGAUUUCAGGGUCUGUUUGGAGAAAGGGAGGUAGUCCAUGAAGAAUCUUUUAUUUUCAUAUUUCAGUGAGCGAUGCUUCAUCUCACUGUGUUUUCUGUCAGGAAUGAGAAGAAAUAAAAACGUGUUGCCUUAGUGCAGAAUGCUAGGCCAUGAUUUCAACGCACAAGUUGACAAAUGGGAAACUUUUUGACCACAGGAAACUUGAUCAAAUGCAAACAGACCACGAGGAAAAUUUUCUCCUCUGCCUUCCUCAGAAAACUAUCACUAGCUAAACCUUGUCAGUUAAAAGCAGUUCAUUUGUAAAGUCCCGUCUGACGCCGGUGUUCUCCUUUUCAAAGGGGUUUUGUGGUUAAACAAUCUUGCUCUUGAUAAAUAUUGAUCAGAUCUGUAAGAUAAAUGAUGCUUUGUGAAUUUGUACAAUUUCUGUACGUUUUGGUUUGCGUUGGCCAGACAAUGGAUGCCAUGAUUUCAUGUUGUCAUAUUUUGUGUUAAGUUUUGGUUUUUUUUUUUUUUCCAUUUUGAUUUCUCGUCAGUUCUUUUACUUCUUGGCUGACAGGGACGCUGCCUUAAACUAGCUUUAAUGUUUUCAGCUAGAGCCCCACUCUCUGCGAGCUCAGAGAAAAGUCCUUAUUUAUUACCCAUCAUCCCCGCAGAGCAACACCGAACUAACGCAGGGACGGAAAGCUAUCCAUCACAGCCUGAAUUUUCACUUUGCAUCUACCCGCAAUGGAUUUCUGAUCUAAUUUGGAAAAUGUAUGUAUAAAAAAAUUAUAUAUAUAUUAUAUAUUCAUGUUGUAAAACAUCUGUACUAAAAGUUGUGUUUGACAAAAAAGAAGAAGAAAAUUAGGUGCAUUUUUUUCCGUAUGCACCUGAUGUUUCUCCUAUCAAAAACUCUUCAGAAGUUUCUUUAAUGUUUUUUGUAACAAAUCUCCCUGUAGGGUAGAAAUUCAUUUUGAAUGAGAGAGGAAGAUUUGUCAGUCACAAUCCAACAGGUGUCGAUUGUUCCCAACAACGCACCUGCCUAAACAUGGUUAAGUUGUCCUUUAAAGUGUAAAUCUUAUAGUAUUUGUUUUUUAUUGCUUUUUUUUUUCCUAAUUUUGCACUGUGUGUAAAUGCAAUCUUGCUAGCACAAAAAAUGUUGCCAAUAGUUGUCUCAACUCGUCUCAGCAGCUGUAAAUGCUCUUUUCGUGCUCUGUUCCUCUCUCACUCUUUCUCUGAUUGUAUCCCUCUUCAUGGAAAUGUUAGUUCUCUUUCAGUUCAUUGUGAUAUAUUUAGCUGCCUUUAUAUGCAAAUAAAAUUGCAAGAUUUUUACUUAUGAAA